UUCGGUGGCGCCAUCUGUACGCGCGCCCGUCGCGUGGCGUUCGAUAGCGCGUCUGGCGUAAUUUGCGUGAUUAGCGGUUAGGCAAGUAUAAUACGCUCUCGCAUUCGCGGCGAGCGCAGUCAGUCUUGGGCAAGAUGGCCGGUCGGUCGAAUACGGCCCUCUAUUACUAUCUCGCGUUGAUCCUCCAUCUGAUCCUGCUAACGGAGUGCAAUUACGGUGUGCGGUACGGUGACAGGGCGAAGCGGCUGCACGUCGCGGAGCACAGCGAUCCGCGGUACAGGAAACCGCUCAUUAUCGACAGGCGGAGCGCGGAGCCGCGCGACCAGGAUGACAACGAUGACGGGGAGACGUCGUUCGGGCGUACGCGCCGAGACGUACCGUCGCCGGAGCACCCAAACAAUAACCCAAACAUCAAUGUCACGGUCUUCGCUUUACAUGAUUCGCAUCAGCAAUUGAUGGUACAUUGGGUCGGGGAGGGCUCCAAUGUAAUAAUAUGUCUAGCGAGGGAUAGCACGCCCGUGGUACGCUUCCAAGGAGGCAAAUUCUCUUCCCCGACCCAACCUAGCGCUGUGUACAUCAGUUACAACUACGGUGAAACUUUCGUCAAUAAGACUGAUCUGUUUAGGGUUUCGUCCGACCCCGAUGCUCAAUAUGCGGUUGUAGACAAAUUCACCAAUCAUCCUAAGUACUACCAACACUGCGUCUUCGUGGACAGUCUGAAUAGUUUAAUCUUUAUAACGCAUGACAACGGUGGAAAUAUCACGAGGGUCACGGUGCCAUUUCACCCGAGUGAGGUCUCGUUUUACGAAUUAGAUCCACGGAUACUUGUCGCACUGGACAAGAUCGAUCCAAUGCAGAAGUUGUGGUUGUCGACCGACCGCGGAUUGGUCUGGGUACCGAUAGCACAAUCCGUAAAGGCUUUCUUCUGGUCUCCGUAUCGUGUUCUAUUGGUUGAACGCACGGAGCCUACUCUACUGAAUACAGUCUUGAAACUGGAUCUGCGAAAUUUGCCCUGGUAUCAGAGAGGAAACAAUUCAUUACGUGCAAGAAUGUCUCUACGAAAGGAAUUCACCGUCGUCAUUGAGAACAUUGAGGAUUUCCAGAUGAGGGGCGAUUACAUGUUUGCCACCAGGAAAAGGAAUGGAACGGAACAUCUGGAUCUCUUCGUCUCUUACAAGAAUCAGUCGUUUGUCCAAGCGCAUUUUAACACGGAAUUGGACUGCAAGGAUUAUCACAUUGUAGACGUAUCGUACAAUCGGGUCUUCAUCGCUGUGUCGCAUAGCGACACUAUGAUCAAUCUUUACGUGUCGGAAGUUAUAGAUCCUGAGAAAGCUAUAUUUACACUGUCUCUGGAGAGUAUACUCACGUUUUUCCCCAACAGCACGUGGAAAGACAGCUGGCUGAAUGACGUGGCAGACGAGGCAUUCACGGAUUUGUAUAAAGUCGAAGGUCUUCGUGGUAUAUACAUAGCAUCGCGGGUAAAAGGUACUCCAAAAUCAAGCUCGAUCGGACCGGAACACUUGGAAUCAUUAAUCACUUUCGAUCACGGCGUCACUUGGAACAGUAUUAAGCCACCGACCGCGAAUCACGAAGGCUUCUACAUUCACUGCGGAAAAAAUUGCUCGUUACAUCUGAGUCAGAGAUUUAGUCAACUGUAUCCGGUGACGAGAUCCGUUUCCAUUAUGAGCUCGAAAUCGGCGCCCGGAAUAAUAAUGGCCACUGGCGUAAUUGGAGCUAACUUGAAGGGUCAUCCCGCACUCUACGUAUCUAGAGAUGCUGGUCUCACGUGGAAACAAGUGCUAAAGGAUUAUUACUUCUUCAACAUGGGCGAUCACGGAGGUUUGUUGGUCGCAGUUAAGUAUUUCAAGUCACGCGGGGAAACCAGAGAUAUCUCAUUUUCGACGAACGAGGGCGAGACGUGGCAGACGUACGAGUUCAACGAGAAGGAGUUACGUGUCUACGGCCUUAUGACGGAGCCUGGAGAAAACACCACGAUAUUCACCAUGUUCGGAUCGGAUAGUGGGCAGCAUCAGUGGCUUAUUAUCAAGGUCGAUUUACUAAAGGUGUUUGAGAGGAAUUGCACGGAAGAUGAUUACAAGUUUUGGUCACCGACGAGCACCGAUCAACCGGUCAUGGCGUGCGUUUUGGGACGCAAGGAAACGUAUCAGAGACGCGCGGCGCGUUUCAAUUGCUACCAGGGCGUGAACUACGAUCGACCGGUGAGAUUGGAGAUCUGUCAGUGCGACGCAAAUGAUUAUCAGUGCGCUUACGGUUUCAUGCGCGUCGGCAAUCCGUAUCACUGCAUCCGCAACAAAUCCAUCGCCAAUUACGAUCCUUACGCCGUACCGAACACGUGUCAGUCCGGUUCGUUUUAUAAUCGCACGAAGGGCUACGUGAAGAUAUCCGAUGACGAUUGUACCGGUGGCCUCGCGAGGAACUAUGAGCCCGAUGAGAUUCCAUGUCCGAUGAACGAAACGCCAGAAUUUCUAUUGGUCGCCCAACGAGAACACAUUACACGAAUCGAGUUGGUGGAGAACAAAAUGGAAACGUUACCUGUACACGAUCUAAAGAAUGUUAUUGCAAUUGAAUUCGAUUUGCAAAACAAUUGCUUAUACUGGGCGGAUAUUGUAAACGACACGAUCGGUAGACAGUGUCUGAAGGACGGCACUAGCUAUCCCGAGAUUCUCGUCGAGACCGAUUUGAGUUCCAUCGAAGGAAUGGCCUUUGACUGGGUGUCCAAGGUAUUAUAUUUUGUGGACGGUGUUAAGAUGAGGAUACAGAUCAUCCGAACGGAUGUAUCUGCUACAAACAAAAUGCGUAGGACGAUAUUGGGGCCAAACAAUCUGCAGAAGCCACGAGGUAUCGCAGUUCACCCUAUGAACGGCUACAUGUUCUGGACCGACUGGGCGCCAGGCAAUGCCUCAGUUUCGCGAGCCAACUUGGACGGCACGGAUGUUAAACGACUGUUUAUCAAGCCCACAGUCGAAUGGCCGAAUGGAAUAACGAUCGAUCACAUUGCCGAACGUAUCUACUGGGUGGACGCUCGAGCGGACUACAUAGCUUCCUCGGACUUCGAGGGUAAAAGAUUUAAGAAGAUUAUCGCUAACGAUGCGCGUGUCUCGCAUCCGUUCGCGGUCGCUGUGUUUAAGGAUAACGUCUACUGGGACGACUGGAAGCAGUCGAUGAUAUUUGUCGCUAACAAAGAUCACGGAGUCGGCAUCAACAUGGUUGUCGGCUUCCAGAUCGCGGGUCUGAUGGAUCUGAAAAUCUUCGCGCACAGCGUGCAGAUCGGUACGAAUGAGUGCGCGACAACCAACAACACGUGCUCACACAUCUGUCUAGGUGCGCCGCAUAACAGCCACGUUUGCCUAUGCCCGGACGGCAUGGUGAUGACGGAAGGCAAGUGUUUGUGCCCGAACGGGCAAAAGCCGCACGCCAACUCGACGUGCCCGCGCGUCGCCAGCACCUGCUCGGUCAACCAGUUCAUCUGCCAAAACAACGUGUGCAUCCCCGAGUUCUGGAAGUGCGACGGUGACAACGACUGCGGCGACAACUCGGACGAGCUUCACUGCAACCGCGCCACGUGCAGCCCGAAUAAUUUCGAAUGCGAUGAGAACAAAUGCAUACCUAAAUACUGGGUGUGUGAUCUGGAUCGUGAUUGCAGGGACGGCAAGGACGAGAUGAAUUGUACGUACAGCAAUUGCACUGAAACGCAGUUUAAGUGUGACAACGGUCGCUGUAUAUCGUAUCGUUGGCAUUGCGACGGUGAGGACGACUGCCGGGAUGGCUCGGACGAACGGAACUGCACCAAGAACGUUCAGCCAAACACGUGUCGGUCUGAUGAGAUUGUCUGCAAGUCGGAUCACUCAUGCAUACCGACAUCGUGGAAAUGCGAUGGCGAACCAGACUGUGAGGAUGGCGCUGACGAGAAGGACUGCAAUAAUAUGGUAUGCGAAUCGUGGCAGUUUACAUGCAACAACACCAAGGAGAAUGGGCAUCGGUGUAUAUACAAAUCAUGGGCGUGCGACGGUGACAAGGACUGCGCCGAUGGUUCCGACGAGAUGAAUUGUACCACCACUACCAUGCUACCACCGCCGCUAAGUCCGAUCCUGCCGACAAAUUCCUGCAAUGACUGGAUGUUCAUGUGCAACAACAAGAAAUGCGUGCCCUACUGGUGGAAGUGCGACAGCGUGGACGACUGCGGCGACGAUUCCGACGAGAUAGGCUGCGGGGGCAAUGGGGACGUGGUGGAACCCACAUCUCCGGUUCACACGACGCAACAAUCGCGUAUCUGUCGGGAGCACCAGUUCCAGUGUUACAACGGCGGUUGCAUUGAAAACGCGUGGGUGUGCGACGGCUCGCAGGACUGCCCGUCCGGCGAGGACGAGCAACACUGCGAUCAGACACACCUGUCGUGCCAAGAAAAUCAAUUUAUGUGCCGCCAAGACGGUUCCUGCGUACCGCUGUCGAGUAUUUGCAACGGCAUCGAGGAAUGUCCGGACGGCAGCGACGAGCUCGGUUGCCACACAGACCACGAGGUAAAUCCACCCGCCACACCGUCCUGCUACGUCGGUCUUUUCCCAUGCGACGAGACCCGCUGCUUCCCGCUGGCGGCUUACUGCGACGGCAAUCACGAUUGUUUAGACGGCUUCGAUGAGAGCAAUUGCGAGAAGAAUGGCUCGCGCGUGUAUCAGGUGCUAGUGAUGGGCGUGGACGAACGUUCUGUCAACGAUUCCAGUCUCUUCCUCUUCUGGUGGAUGCCGAUACCGUCGAACGUGACGUUCGAGUUCCUGCCGUCAAUCGCGAAGGUGUCACCGGGGGGGUCUAAAUGGACCAACGCUAGCGAAUGGAUCGAAGACACGGAGUACCAAUUCAACAAUCUCGAUCCGUACACCAAGUACAAUCUGACAGUCUAUGUGAAGGUGAAAGGCCAGGCAACCGUAUUCCCACCGGCAAAGUAUCUUGUGGUGAUGACGGGCGAGGGCGUGCCAUCCCCGCCGUGGAAUGUGACUGUCACGCAGAAGAAUGGCACUCGCGUGGAGGUUUCUUGGAUACCACCCAAAUCUCCUCGCGGUCUUAUUAUUGGAUAUCAAGGCUACAUCACGCCGCCGAUACCGCCGAUGGAGUUUAAUCGGCAAAAAACCUCUGCAAUUAUCGACAUGGCGUUUGAGGCGAACACAACUUAUUCCUUCUGGAUCGUGGCGAAGAACCGGCAGUAUCAAUCAGCCUCGUCACAAGUUGCCACGUUGUUGUUCGACGGCUCGGCCAACAUUGACGAUAUUGAGGAUCUCCGUGUGGUGGCCACGACGAAUCACUCUGUCACUUUGUCAUGGAAGAAAAUGAAGGACGUGGACGGGUAUCACAUCACUCCCAGAGCACCGCCAGCCUAUCCAGCCUUGCAAACCGUCUCGACAAUGGAAAAUAUUAAGGAAGUUACAAAAUUGGCGCCGGGCACCAAGUACACCUUCGAGGUCGGCGCGAUGAAGAAGAAAUACAUCGGUAAGAUCGCUAUGGUGACAGCCACGACGAACGGUACCGCGCUGCCGACGAUAAUAAACUUCGAUGCGCAAUUGGUGAAGUCCCAGAGAACGACCGUGAAGCUUACUUGGGAUCCUCCGAAGAGCAACAGGAAGAUCAAGUGGCAAUACGCUAUUCACUACGCUACCAACAUGUUGGACUUCUUUAAAAUGUACAAAAACAUCACCACUAAUCUUACGGCUACGAUCAAGGAUCUGGAAGCGUGUGAAUCGUAUGUCUUUGCCGUUGGUGUUUUUGGGGACUACGGAGCAGGACCUUUGAAUCAACCAAUUACGGUCACGACGCACUUCAAUACACGUGCACCUCCGAAGAGAUUACGAGUAACGCCGUCGCCGGAUAAAAAUGACAGCAUAAUCGUCUCGUGGAGCGCAAGUUGCCCGACGAUCGACGAACCGAUCAGUUACACGAUUUCCGUUACGGAAAUGAUUCUCAACAAGCAGAUGGUUGUGACAUUGCCAGCGACUAACGAAACUAUUAUGAAGCAUACGUUCCAUUCCAUGAAGUACGGCGGGAAGUACAGUGUUACAAUAGCGACUGAUGUCGAAAAUGCUAUACCCACGCAACCGUUCAUCUAUGUAGCGCCGCCGAUCAAGCCGCCUCAUCAGCUCACCGUCUUACACGAUAAUAAGGGAUAUUUGAUUUAUUGGCAAGAACCGGAUUUGCCGGAGAACAUCCGGAUGGAUGCCGAUCGGUACUAUGAAAUUUUGGUGGCCGAGGGAUCGAGAACAAUAAAUGAAUCGACCGCCAAGGUAUUGAUGGUCAAAGAUCCGCCGCCGUAUCGCUACAAGGAUGCUAAAACGGAUACGAUUUACACCUUCGCCGCGCGUCUGGUCACGAACGAAGGAUACCAAAGUCCUCUGAGCGAAACUUGGAGCACGCAGAUUUCAGCAGGAUUGGAACUCCCAGUGAUAAUGAAUACAUCGAGCAUAUUGUCCCUCGCUAUACCAAUCUGUUUGGUUGUCGUAGCGCUCGGUGCUGCGCUCGCGUAUUUCAUCGUUCGACACAGGAGGCUAUCUAACAGUUUUACGCAAUUCGCCAAUAGCCACUAUGAUACGAGACGGGGACAAGCUACUUUCCCUGGCACGACAGAUGGUUUAGAAGAAGAAGACAGUCCGGUAAUUCGAGGCUUUUCAGAUGACGAACCACUCGUAAUUGCAUGAAUACCAUAUAUGUAUGUAUAAACGGGAUAUUUACGUAUUAGGAAAGAAGAUGUGCCAAGACACUAUUAAUAUGAUAAUUUUGAAUAUAAGUCAAGCUUUACGAAGGAAAAGCUUUUAUGAAAGCGUCUCAAGACUGAAUACUGAAUUAUAGCCGUACUUGUUACAAUCAACGACUAUUGAUCAGUAAUUCAAGCUGCUUAGAGCGCUUAUAUGAGAGCUUUUCGCACCAUUUGUUCGGUACGUUGUAGAAAUAUGGUACACAUGUACAUCAUGAGUGAUCGGAGUAACUGACGUGUAGCUGACAGGCCGUUGCAUCUCAAAUUUGACCAUAAAACAAAUCAAGACGACUGUAGAUUGGAAGUCUAGUUUACCGUCUAGCGAAAGGAUAAACGCCAAUCGACGAAACGGCAACUUGUAUAUAUAAUAGUAAAUAUUUUUUAUGGAUUGAUUGUGAGACUUUCGAGGUGACAAGCAUUUGCAUUUUUAAUAAUGUAUUUAUAUGACAUGUAUGUGUGAAGAAACUUUUUUUUAGUCCGUAUUCAGAUUUGUUGAUGUGAAAGUGAGUUACCGACACACGGGACGAACUUUUUAUUAAAAGCCGUUUUAAUAAACACCCACAGAGGCCAUAAGUUUUUUUCCAAUAUAUAGCAAGUGCAUGACCAAAGUAACGCUAUCUUCUAAUGCCGCAUUCAAGAGAAGUACAUCAGUCUCGUCUGUUUAUGGAGUAGGUUUCUACGACGUUUCAUUCAUGAGUUUAAUGAUCCGUCUUGAGUAACUUUAUAUGCUCGUCCCGCAUAAUAGAAUUCAUAAUAAAAUUUUAUAUCAAACGCGAUGCGGCAUUGAAAGAAGUUUUUAUAAGCGAGUCUCAAUUUCGCGAAAGGGUGACUUGACUCUUGUAAAAAGUGUGCUACAAUUAUUGCGAUUUGAACACAAUGCUAAGUACGGAUUUUUUAUCUUUAGGGUCACACAAAAGAGGAUAUUCGACAAAUAAUGUGCGCUUUAUACGGUUAAAAUAGAUUACAUUUUUUUAUCUUAUAUUAAAAAAAUAAUACAUUAUUCUCUUUACCAAGACCGAACGCUCUUAGUUAAGAUUAGGAGAGGUUUAUCAACAAGACACCCCGAUAUGAGAAAGCGACAGAUCGGUGACGUUCUCAGUGCGAAUAACAUGGUAACGACAUCGUCGUGACUUUUAGAUUAUUGUAAAUAAUAUUUAAAUAUAUUUAAGCGCGUGACUUUCACCGCUUAAUUCAUGUUGAUUCAUCCGUAAAAGACGUUAAUGAUUGAAUCCUAAGAUCCUUUAUAUUUUUGUGU